AUGAAAAAUAACUCAAAUACGAAUGUAGACAACGUUGUUCGUAAGAUCACUGACGCUAGUUGCAGUACCGAUGUAAAUAGUAAUACUAAGAGUAGUACCAACGUCAGUUGUACUACUACAACUGGCAAUAAGAGUACAAACACAAAUAACAAUAAUAAAAGCACAAACAACAGUAACAACAAUAAGGAAAAGGGGAAUAUAUUAGAAAAUUUAAAGGAAAGCCAACUAGAGACUAUUAGAACUGAACAUGAAAAUAAUAAGAAUAAUGGAAACAUACAAGAAACUCAUGCAGAUCCAUCCAUAAAAUUAAAAUCAAACCCAGAAAAAAUUGAAGCAGGAGAAGACCAAGUUAAUAAAAAUGUUUGUUUAUUUAUUUCUGAUGAUUUAAAAUUAAGAAAACACAAUCAAGUAGUAAACGAUUUUUUAAAAACAUUAUCUAAGAAUUCUUUCAAUUUAUAUUUUCCCAAAUUUUCAAAUAGUUACAACGAAGUCCCCAAGGUCCUUUUUCUGCUAAGCGGAGACACGGGAGACAUCUUAGUGGCCUUGAAGUAUUUAAUUGACAACAUUGAUCAGAUAAACUUUAUAAUUUUAAACUUUUUAAAUAAAUUAAAAAGAAGAAAGAUAGUGAAAAAUAACGAAGUAAUUCUAUAUCUCAUAGACUUUGUACUAAAGAAAUUAUAUGAAAGCAACUUAAACUACCGGUAUAAGAAAACACAAAUUUUGGAUUUUUACGAUAACUUGGUACAUACUAAGAAAACAUUCUUCGAAUCAGGAAUAAUGAACGAUGCAAUUGUUGUAAAAGACUUAAGAUUAAUUUACUUUUACAAACACGAUAUCAAAAUGAAGAAGGAAAAGACCUUCAUUAAAGAGAGACCUCCACAUAAUAACACUGUGUACAUUAAUAAGGAAUACCAACAUGAUGGGACUAAAAACUCAGUUAAACAAAAUUUUGUGAUAACAAAUGGGAAUUACGGAUUAAACUACAAAUUUGUAGAAAAAAAAAAAAAAAAAAAAAAUUUCUGUGGUGAAAUACUAACACCCAAUUCGUAUUUUGGACUAUACAACUACCUUAAGGAAAAGACCAUAUUUGAUAACAAAGACUCUGAUAUAUUUUCUUCCAAGAAAAAAUUGUUCUGUAAUAUUAACAAGUGUAUUAAGAAAUACAUAAAGGACAAAAAGAAAUGCAGUAAAAUAGAAAGCGAUAUAUGUAAUUGCAUUUCCAAUGUGAUUGUGAAUAUAAACAGCGAUGCGAAGCUAUGGGAAAAGAUCAAUGCAGCAAAGAAUGAGGUGAAGAACGUUAAGAGUAUUUUAAUGAAAAUUAAAAAAAUUGAAAAUUUGGUGGACAGGUUGAUAGAGCAUGACUAUGAAAAUAUAAUAGUACAUGAGGAGAAUGUGCAGCAGGAGCAUCAGCAGGAGGGCGAAAGUGAAAAAGAAAGUAUAAAAACUUGUUAUUUCGAAAAUUUUCAUUUUAAUUUUGUUUUACUUGGGAGUAUAAAGAAAGGGUCCGACAGACAUAAAUCUUUGCUAUUCAAAGUACUGUGUGAUGCGCUGGUUAUACCCUGCAGAUUUGUUCGUUAUAUAAAAGAGAAGCAUGUUAAGUACUUCAAUCUUGUCUUAAUUCCAUCCGUUCCCGAAAAAAAAAUCCCUGAGAGUAUAAUACCAAUAUUUUGGGAGGGUAAACCCAAAGCCAAGACGAAUCUAAAUGCGCAGACCAAAGUUACUAUUUCUACGUUUUUAAAUAGCAUAAAGAUAAAAUUUAAAUAUAUCGACAAUUUUUUCUUAAAGGUGUGGGAAAACAGUAACGAACUUAUAAAUUUAGACGACUAUUUUAUUUUUAACAAAAAGUUAGGAACGGGUGGAUUUGGUGAAGUGUGGGAUGUAUCACUAAAAAAUGAAGAAAAAUACCAUGAUUCUUUUUUUUUUUUUAGUAUAAAACAUACCUCGAAUUUCGCUCUAAAAAUAAUGGACAUAAACGAUUUUAACUUGAACGAGUCUGUAGUUAUGCGGGAAAAGGCCCACAAGAACGUCUUACGAAUGUACUGCGUGUUUAAGGGCUAUCAGAUCCUGAUAAAUAGACAGCGUAAGGAGGAAAAAAAAGUAUCCCUUUGUUUCCUUUUGGAAUUGGCCGAUACGUCGUUAGAAAAACUUUUUUGCAGUAAAAAUGUAGCAUAUAAUCUCAACUUCGUUCGUUUAACCCUUUUGGAAAUAGCCAAUGUAAUGUCCUUUAUGCAUAAGCCGAACAUAAAGCAAGAAUUUUUCAUUUAUCGUGACUUGAAGCCCGACAACAUUCUGAUAAAGGGUAAAGAUAUACUCAUAACCGACUUUAACCUGUCGAAGAAGGUCAACCAAGAAUUCAAGUAUUUGAUGAGUCAGUGUUGUGGUACUCAAGGUCAUUUAGCACCAGAACAAAAAAGUGUAGGGUACAGUCAGACAGUAGACAUUUGGGCUUUUGCAAUUGUUAUAUCCAAAUUUUUGAAGCACAAGAAUUUUCACUAUUUUUCCCAUAACGAAUACACUAUAAAUCUGAAGCAUUUCGAAAUUCAAGACAAGUUUUUGAUAAACCUGCUGUUAGCUUGCAUUGAUAAUAUCCCCUUUAUGAGACCAUCUUUUGAUGAAAUUUCUCAGAUGCUACUUAACGAAAUAAUAAGGAAUGAGCUCGAAAGAUAUGGUAGAUUAAAGACGAUGAAAAGAUACGUUAAAAAAAAAAGGUAA